AUGGGUCAAGCAAGCUCUUCACCAAGUUCGCUUUCCUUUUUUCGGAAAGAUUCCAUCACGAACGAAUAUGAAGACAUUUCCAACAAGUUUACGAAAGCCACCAUCUCCACGCUGGCCAUGCCUGUCAUCAUUGUUGCUUAUCCUGUGCUGAAUGCAUAUACAUUUCAAGAUUCUGAUAUUACAGGCUAUAGAAUAGUAGAUGGAGCCAUUGGAGGUUUAUUAGGAGUGAUUGGAUGGCCCUUGGCUCCUUUUAUGGCGAUAUGGGGUGCCAUCCAGUUGAACUUUAAAGAAAAACCAAGGACACCCUUACCGAUACCUCAAGACAUUUUAACCAAGGCAGAACAGGAGAUUCAUUUGAACACUACAGCAUUUUAUAAUAUAGCUAUUGUGGGUUGUUCAGGAACAGGAAAGAGCUCGAUUGUGAACGCCAUCCGAGGUUAUAAUGACGUGCAUCGAAAAUCAGCGCGCGUAGGAGAAAUUGAAACAACGGAAAAACCGACACCUUUCCAACAUCCAGACUUGGCUUCAAUGAUUAUAUGGGAUAUGCCAGGUGUAGGGACAAAGAGUCAUCCUCGCGAAACUUAUUUUGAAGACAAUUAUUUGUGUGCAUUUGAUUUAUUAGUGAUUGUUUUAGGCAAUAGAUUAAUGCAAGAUGAUAUUGAUAUUGCCUUAAAAGCAAAACAGCUUCGGAUUCCUAUUCUGUUUGUCCGUAGUAAAGCAGAUCAAGCUAUUGCGAGUAAAAUCAAACGACACCAAGGUGAGAAUGAAUAUGAAUGGGCGACAGCAGUAGGCGAGCUUGUUCUAGAAGUUCGCGAUUCCAUCUUUCGUCAGCUACGUCAACAUAGUUUGAACACCAAGAAGCUAUUUAUAGUAUCAGCAGAGACGUUAAGAAUGUUCGUCGCGACGAUCAGUAAACAGGAAGAACGGAAAACAAUCAAAUCGAUUGACGAAGAAAGGUUCAUGACAGCCUUGAUAGAAGGCGUAGUGAUCAAUAUGAAUCCCUCUAGAACUGAUGCCAAGAAGGACCAAUUCGUUGGUAACGUCAAGGAUACCGUUGGUGGUGCCGUCGGUAACGAAAGUAUGCAAUCCAAGGGCCAAGCUCAAAACGCAGCUGGACAUGGUCAAGAAACCGCUGCCAACGUCACUGAUUAUGUGAAGGGUGCCGCUGAUCAAGUUGCUGGUGCUGUUAAGGGUGCUUACAACUCUUUAACUGGUAACACUGGUUCUGAAACUGCCAACAAGGCUCAACAACACACUGGUGAAGCUCGUAAGAACUGGGCUUCCUCUUAA